CUCACCAUCACCAAUCCCAUCAACGCACACGCACACGCGCACACGCACACGCACGCGCACAGCAUGGCCCCAUCCCGCGCUCCUCCUCUCUCUGGCGAAGAGGCCGAGGCUGCCCUCGCCUCCCAGCUGGAAGAGGACGUCCGUCUUGCCCAGUCAGGCGAAGCAUCCUCCUCCACCGUUCUUGGAGCAGACGCAUCCAAGGACGUCACUGCCGCCUCCUCCUCAUCCUCGAGCGCAACCCCCGCCGCCCUUCGCCAGCCCUUUAGCUCCGCCGACCUCUCGGAGCCUACACUCAAGGCCCUCGAGGCCAUGGGCUUCUCGACCAUGACUGAGGUUCAGGCGCGAACCAUCCCCCCGCUCAUGGCGGGCAAGGAUGUCCUUGGCGCUGCGCAGACUGGUUCGGGCAAGACGUUGGCCUUUUUGAUCCCUAUUGUGGAGAUGCUGAGUAGGCUCAAAUUCAAGCCACGUAACGGUACGGGGGCCAUUGUCAUUUCCCCUACCCGCGAGCUGGCGUUGCAGAUCUUUGGUGUAGCAAAGGAGCUAAUGGCACAUCACCACCAGACAUUCGGAAUCAUCAUGGGCGGCGCAAACAGAAAGGCCGAGGCCGACAAGCUGCAAAAGGGCGUCAACCUCAUCAUUGCCACGCCCGGUCGACUGCUGGACCAUCUCCAGAACACAAAGGGCUUCGUCUUCUCCAACCUCAAGACCUUCUGUAUCGACGAGGCGGAUCGUAUCCUUGAGAUCGGCUUCGAAGACGAGAUGCGUCAAAUCGUCCGCAUCCUACCCAACGAGUCUCGCCAAUCCAUGCUCUUCUCCGCGACGCAGACCACCAAAGUCCAAGACCUAGCCCGCAUCUCCCUUCGACCCGGCCCGCUCUACAUCAACGUCCACGCCGACCUGGCCGCCUCGACCGUCGCCAAGCUCGAACAAGGCUACGUAGUCUGUCCCUCUGAGGGUCGUUUCCUCCUCCUCUUCACCUUCCUCAAACGCAACGCAAACAAGAAAUGCAUCGUAUUCAUGUCCUCGUGCAACUCGGUCAAGUACCACGCCGAACUGCUCAACUACAUCGACAUCCCCGUGUUGGACCUACACGGAAAGCAGAAACAGCAAAAGCGAACUUCGACCUUCUUUGAAUUCUGCAAUGCGCCCAAGGGCACGCUACUGUGUACGGAUGUGGCUGCUCGCGGAUUGGAUAUACCAAAGGUGGACUGGAUCAUCCAAUUCGACCCGCCCGACGACCCGAGAGACUAUAUCCAUCGCGUGGGGCGAACGGCUCGAGCUGGGAAAGCAGGCAAGAGUCUCCUCUUCCUCUUGCCAGAGGAGUUGGGAUUCCUCCGUUUCCUCAAGGUGGCAAAAGUACCCCUCAACGAGUACACGUUUCCCAAGGGCAAGGUGGCUAAUGUGCAGGGUCAGUUGGAGAAGUUGAUCAGCAGUAAUUACUACUUGCAUCAGAGCGCUUUGGAGGGGUAUAGGAGCUACUUGCAGGCGUAUGGGAGUUACUCGCUCAAGCGCAUCUUCGAUGUUCAUCAGCUUGACGUCGCUGCUGUUGGGAGGGCGUUUGGGUUCAAGGUGCCGCCGAAGGUGAAUUUGGGCAUUGGAGGUAGUCUCAAAGGGCAGAGCGGGCAGAGUGGGCAGAGUGGGCAGGGGGCGGGGAAGAGGAAGCACGCAGAUGGAGGUGAGGAGGAUGAGGUGGUGGAGGACGACGACGACCAAGGAGUGUCACGCAAGGAAGUCGCAAAGGGUUCACGGCGCGGCUACGAGGGUGGUAAGGGUCGCAAGGCGGUGGGAGCAGACAAGUUCAGGCGGGAUGGUGGUGGUGGUGGUGGCGGCAAGGGGCGAAACUGGGCGCGAUAGGCAUUCCCAAGAUAGCUUCUUGAGCUCCUUGAAUAGCAAUUCAGCAGCAAUGUACG